AAUAACUGUAGAAAAGAGAAAUAUGCAGAUCUUCGUCAAGACUUUGACUGGCAAGACCAUCACUUUGGAGGUUGAGCCCUCGGACACCAUUGAAAAUGUUAAGGCCAAGAUCCAAGACAAGGAGGGUAUUCCCCCAGAUCAGCAGCGUCUGAUCUUCGCUGGCAAGCAGCUGGAGGAUGGACGCACUCUGUCCGACUAYAACAUCCAGAAGGAGUCGACCCUUCAUCUGGUCCUCCGUCUGCGUGGUGGCAUGCAGAUCUUCGUCAAGACUUUGACUGGCAAAACCAUCACCUUGGAGGUCGAGCCCUCGGACACCAUUGAGAAUGUUAAGGCCAAGAUCCAAGACAAGGAGGGUAUUCCCCCAGAUCAGCAGCGUCUGAUCUUCGCUGGCAAGCAGCUGGAGGAUGGACGCACUCUGUCCGACUACAACAUCCAGAAGGAGUCUACUUUGCACUUGGUGCUCCGUCUACGUGGUGGCAAUUAAAUUUGAAAAUGAUAAAAACCUCUAUAUUAUAU